AUGACUCUGGUGAAUCGUUUGCAAGAAGCGUCAAACAGAAUGCAGCGUGAAGGUGGGUCGGGGAAUUACGACUACCCUCCUGCCUCUCGUUCCGGUGAACGACCACAACGGCCCAACGUGGAUCGCGUACAACACCUUCGGGAUCUGUUAAACUCGGAAAGGAUUCACAAUACUAGUGCUGAAACCGCUCGUGCUCUGGAAACUCUGAAUCAAGAGAUAGAAGAGUACCGCUCCGAUCGUGUUCGAGACCGGUCCAGUUUCGAGGAAGCGCGAGCAGCGGUAGACCGACAGAUUCAACAACUGCAAUCAGACCUUAACGGCAGAGAGGAACGUAUUCGCAGUAUUCUCUUGGGUCAUGACCCGUCACAGCCGCCGCCUCCAGCUUUGAACUCUACAGCUAUGAAUCAAGAACCAGGUUCCUCCGAUCUUUCACGCUCAGUCGGCCGACCGUCCAGACGCCGUGUACUUAGGGGAGGAGAAAGGCCAAGCAGAGAAGGAAGAACAAGGGAACCGGCCCUCAAUUCCCUACUCGAUGAACCAGUUCCUCGUCUUGAAAUGUCGUCCGCCAUGUCGCCAGAACUGGGAGACGACCACCGGGCAAACCGAUGGAGAACCAAGCGCAGAAAGCUCGAGACUGAUGAUAAUAGAGAAGGACUUAGGGGAUUGGGAUACGGUCAAUACGGCCAGGUUGUGCCUGGAACGCUCAAGAUGGAAAUAGCCAGUUGCGAUGGAGGCACAUAUGAGCCUGAGGGAGAUAGUUCUUGGCCAGAUAACGUCUUGCGCAAUGAUUCGUCCGUCUAUUGUACAAAGUCCGACCGAUGCAAUUUGAUCCUAAAGCACCGCGGGGAGACCCCAUUCUGUUUAAAAAAGCUCGUGAUCAAGGCUCCGAAGUCUGGAUAUGAUGCUCCGAUACAAGAAGGAAUGGUCUUUGUUUCAAUGUCAUCCGACGAGCUGCUAGCCCGUACAGCUCAGUACCAAAUCCAGUACUCUAACGCCCGGCGCCGUCGUCGAAAUCGACGGAAUGGAAUGCAACCCUCCGAGGAAUAUCUCAAUGGGUUUCGGUAUCCCCUGCAAUCAUUGGAGAGGACUGUUCUCGGUGGCUCAGACUCCCACUCGGACUCGGAUAACGACUUCAUUACCCUUGCAGGGCCGAUGCCUGACUUUCGUCUCACAAUUGACUAUGAUGAGAACUCCGAUCACGGUAAUUUUUACGAGCAAGAAAACGAGGAAGAUGCUCCUUCCAUUGCAGAGAUUGAGGGUCUGCAAAUAGAACAAAUGGAGGAUGACAUUCUCUGCUCGGAAAGUGACGAAAGUGAAAGCGAUUACGAUCCUAACGAAAUGAGCAUCUUCAACCGCCGACGUCGCGAUUUACUGAGGUACAUGAGGACUUCGCGUCGACAAUAUGCGAUGGAGCAACGAGAGCUUCAGAGACGGCGUCAAGUCCCGAAUUCGAUUGAACCUGUUGCAUCUCCCGCUAGUCCUGCUGCUCCGCAGUAUUCAGUCAUCAAUUCCCGGGGCCACGAAGUCUUGAGACCACACGCACGAUUCUUCAUCGAGCGAGCCAAGAGUAUGGUCAGCAUCAAAUUCGAUCCACCUCCCUCCGGGCGAUUCAUUCUGAUAAAGUUAUGGAGCCCUCAUAGCGGAGGCAAUAUUGAUAUCCAGAGCAUCAUCGCACAUGGAUACGCCGGUCCAAGAUACUUCCCUGCCGGCAAUUUCAGAUAG